GGAAGCCACCAUGGUAUGUCAAGUGACCGAAUACCAGCCCCGUCCAGUCUUCCAUCUUUAUCAGCUGACCAGGCAAAAUCAUACGACUUAGGAGACGACCCCGAUGCUUCGUCUGAUGGACCAGUCAAAUUGGAGAAGGGUGACAAGUUGGAUCUGGAUAAAGGAGAUAAAUCCGGAGCCGAAAAGUCCAAAUCGGGAUCCCAGUCCGGGGAGCCGCCUACAAAGAGGGCAAGAAAUAGCGAUGAUGAGGAUUUAUCGCCGGCUGCAAAGGCGGAACGGGAGAGGUUACGACGGCAGGCGAAUAACGCAAGGGAAAGGGUCAGAGUUCGAGACAUCAAUGAAGCAUUUAAAGAACUGGGUCAGAUGGUGACCUUGCAUUGUAACUCCAGCCAGCCUCUGACCAAGCUGAUGGUUCUCCAGCAAGCAGUCAAUGUGAUUACAUCUUUAGAGAGUCAAGUUCGAGAGAGGAACUUAAACCCUAAGGCUGCUUGUCUAAAGCGUAGAGAGGAGGAGAAGACGGAAGAGUUGCCAGGUAGAGCCGUCUCCUCUGAUGAUUUGUCGCAGCCAGGUUUAGCAAACAAGGUACUUAGUGUUCUUUCAUUUGUUGUGUACAGCCUUCACGUGUUUAAGUGGUGGUGA